AUGUAUAAUGGCAGAAUGGAUCCCAUGGAGCAUGUUAGCCACUUUAACCAGAGAAUGACAGUUCACUCAAAGAUUGAGACUUUGAUGUGCAAGGUGUUCCCAUCCAGUUUGGGGCCCGUGGUGAUAAGAUGGUUCGAUGAUCUGCAAGAAGGUUCUAUUAACUCCUUUAAUGAACUUACUAGAGCAUUUAAGGCUCGUUUUGUUACUUGCAAUAGAGUUCCUUGGCCGUUAGACUCCCUGUUGUCUAUGACUAUGCUAGAAGGGGAAACCCUGAAAAUUUAUUCUAACAGAUACUGGGAAAUGUUUAAUGAGAUAGAUGGGAACUUUGAUGAUAUGACUAUAAGGACUUUCAAGGUCGCCCUACUCGUCAAGCAUGAUUUGAGAAAAUCUUUGACGAGGAAGCCUAUUUGGAGUGUGCGUCAGCUCAUGGACUACAUUGACAAGUACAAGCGGGUCGAGGAGGACCAACAACAAGGGAAAGGGAAAGCUAAGGUGGUCCUACAAGAUAGAGAGGAUUUUAGGUCGGAUGGAUACAACAAUAACCGACCUCAGAGAGAUUUUGCUGGGUGCUCUAAACAUUCAUCAGCCAAAGGGUGUCCUUAA